UCAUUAUUUAUUACGCGUCCUUCUUUCUCUCUCCUUUCACCAUGUAAAUAAAGCCCACCAUUUUCCAUUUCCAUGUAUCUGUGUACUUUCUAUUCUUAGAAGAAAGAAGAAAACUCACUUUUGUAGAGUUCGAGUUCUUAUUCUCAUGGCUAUUACCGGCGAAAUUUUCCGACAGAGCAUAAAGGAAAUGCUUGAGGAGUCUCCUUCCGGUGCGCCGGAACUUCAAGUUCUCGCCGUUGACGACAGCCUCGUUGAUCGGAAGGUGAUAGAGCGGUUGUUGAGGAUUUCUUCCUGCAAAGUGACGGUUGUGGAGAGUGGAACGCGUGCUCUUCAGUAUCUGGGGUUGGACGGAGGGAACAGUUCUCUCGGGUUUGAUAGUGUUAAGGUUAAUCUCAUAAUGACGGAUUAUUCCAUGCCGGGGAUGACUGGAUAUGAAUUACUCAAGAAAAUCAAGCAGGAGUCUUCUGUGUUUAGAGAGAUUCCGGUGGUGAUCAUGUCAUCGGAGAAUGUUUUGACCCGAAUUGAUAGGUGCCUGGAGGAAGGAGCAGAGGAUUUUCUGUUGAAGCCAGUCAAAUUGUCUGAUGUAAGACGCUUAAAAGAUUUCAUCAUGAAAGGGAAAGUGAAGGAAGGGGAGAAAAUAUCUAACAAAAGAAUGAGGUCAAUUGAUUGCAGUCCACCUCUAACUGCAACAUGCUCACCAGUGUCUCUUCCAUGCGAUCCUCCAUCAUCAUCCUCAUCAUCAUUACUCUCACCAUUAUCCUCAAAGAAGGCUAGAUUGUGAUCAGAGAUUGAGUAGUAGUGUGCUAUGUCUCCAAUUUUGCCUACACUAGUGUUCAUAUCAAAGUAUGUAGUGUAUUUUGCAUUUGUUCACCAAUCUCUAUACCUUAGGAAUCAGAAAAGCUAAUGUCAGAAUCACUAAUUUUUUGGCCUCUACUUGGUCUCCUGAUCUUGCUAUGUAUUAUGUACAGAGGAAAUUUAUCAAUAAUUUAUAAAAUAGGGCGUUAUUUUGACCAACAA